AUGACGGGGAAAGAGGGAGUUGUGCUCUCAGACACCCAGAAUAAACAGAAGUCAGCCUCACAAAACAGCGUGAACCACGUGGGAUCCCAGCAGCCGCCUCCAGUCUGGAAGAUGGCCCCCACGGUGCACCGGCGCACCGGCUUUGGGAUCCAGGAGCUGCUCGGUCUCAACAAGGAGCCGCCGGCGGUUAUGCAGAGGCGGCCGCUGGAGGUUCUCCCGCACACUGCGCACGUCCUGGCCGCAAGGUCCCUCGGACACGGGGGUCUCGGGGUCGGUAUGGGUUUGCUGGGACCAGAGGGAAUACACUCGUUUUACAGCCAGCCUGCUUUUCUGGAGGUGCUUGCAGAGGCGCAAAAUGUGCACCUGCAGCCGCUGCACAGAGCGGUGCACAUGGACUCUCAGAUGGAUGCGCAGCACUCCGCCAGCUCCGAAUCUGAUGACAUGAGUCUUUCCUCCGGAGAUCAGAAAUUCUCUAAAUCCUCAGUGAGUCAGAGCAAGAAACGGAAGAAACGACGACACAGAACCAUUUUCACUUCCUAUCAGCUGGAGGAACUGGAGAAAGCUUUUAAUGAAGCUCACUACCCAGAUGUGUAUGCCCGAGAAAUGCUCUCCAUGAAGACUGAGCUACCAGAGGACAGAAUACAGGUGUGGUUUCAGAACCGCAGGGCCAAGUGGAGGAAAAGGGAGAAGUGUUGGGGUCGCAGCAGCGUGAUGGCGGAGUACGGCCUGUAUGGAGCCAUGGUCCGUCACUCCAUCCCACUGCCGGAGUCCAUCCUCAAGUCAGCCAAGGAGGGCGUCACUGAGUCCUAUGCUCCGUGGUUAUUAGGCAUGCACAAGAAGUCGGUUGAAACCACACACACCUCUUCUGGAAAACCCUGCAGCCUGACGCCACCACCACCAACACAGGAGAAACCAGCGGACAAAGUGGUGGAGGAAGAGAUGGAGAAACGAAUUAAAGACACUGCCAACGCAUCAAUUUCCAAGGAGGAAUUGAGGGAGAACAGUAUUGCUGCGCUGCGAGCGAAGGCACAGGAGCACAGUGCUAAGGUGCUCGGGAAUGUUUCCGACAGAACAAACGGCCACGUGACUCAUAAAGAGGAAGCUGAGGACGAUGUGUCGGAGCAGGAAACACCAGAGGUGUUGAAGUGUGACUGA